GUGCCGCUCCUAAUGGCCCCCGGCCUCGCUUCUGAGACCAAGAAGUUUUACGUUUGUUCUGGCUGCAACGGUAACCGCCAGAGAUACAUUUCGGAAUAUCCGGAAUGUGUUUGUCCUACUUGUAAGUCCAGAAUAAGUACGGAGGCGAAUUAUGUUGCUCCGGUAAAAGCGGAUGCUGCUAUGGAUGAAAAUGGGGGGUUUGUGAAGGGUGUUGUGACGUACUUGGUGAUGGACGACUUGAAUGUCAUGCCGCAUUCCUCCAUUGCUACCAUUACUGUUCUGAACAAGAACAUUAUUAAGGAUUUCGGGUCGCUUGAGGUGAAGGAUGUGCAUUUGGGAUUUGAUGAGGGAUUGAAGGUGUUGAAGGCUGCUCUACACACUGAUUCUGUUUUCCUCCCCAAGUAGGCUAAUCUCACUUCAACAUCUGCGGGGAAUGCGUUGUGUUUUUUCAAUUAAUAGUGUGAAUAUUUUUGAAUCCUAUCUAUGUCGUUCUCAUGUUCGUACAACGGUGUUUUCACUAUCCUGAAUCUUAUCUAUAUUGUAU